UUUUAGGUAAAAAUUUUUUUGAGGAUUUUAGUAUAUUUAAACAAAAUGCUUUUAUAAUGAAUAUUGAUCAGAAUCUGGUAAAAUCACUUCUUAAUGCAUCUGAAAGAGGAGAUUUGGCAAAAACUGAGUUAUGUUUAAAAAGUGUUGCUGUUGAUAGUAUAGAUGAUCAAUCACAUACUGCUUUACAUUUUGCUGCAGCGAAUGGUCAUGAGACCAUUUUACGUGAGCUUAUUAAGAAAGGAGCUGGACUUGAAUGCAGAAACUGGUGCGGGUGGACACCUAUAAUGUUUGCUGCCUAUUAUGGACAUUACAAUGUAGUUAGUAUUUUAUUGCAAAACAAUGCAGAUGUAAAUAUUCCAAAUUCAAGGUUAGCCACACCAUUAACUUGUGCAGCUCGCUGUGGCCAAAUAGCAAUAAUUGAGCUAUUACUUCAAAAUGGUGCUAAAGUGAACCAGACUGAUAAUCCAGAUGUUACUCCACUAAUGGCAGCUGCUCAACAUGGACAUACAUCUAUUGUUAGUUUGCUUUUGCAGUAUAGUGCUGAUAUAGACUAUAAGAAUCCACAUACAGGAUAUACUGCUUUAAUGCUGGCAGCUUGUAAUGGUCAUUUAGAUGUUGUUCGAUUGCUUAUUGAGAAGGGUGGAGCUAAUGUUAACUUAAGAAAUAUUCUCAAUCAAAAUGCAUACAAGUUAAGCAUUUUAAGACGAAAAUUUGAUGUUGAAAAAUACCUAAGUGUAAGAACUCAAGCAAUUGAGCAAAUGUUACCAAUAGUUCGCCCAUCAUCAACUUUAAUAGAUGUUGUGAAAUCUGGCAAACUUGAGCUUGUUCAAAAAAUGUUAAACAGCGGCCAUAAAAUUGAUGUGAAUGAAGUUGAUUCAGAUGGAGCAACACCUUUGAUUUAUUCAUCCAUGAAUGGACACUAUGAUAUUGUUCUACUUUUGCUGAAAGCAGGAGCUAAAACUGAUAUACAGGAUCAACUUCAUGGAUGGACAGCUUUAAUGCAAGCCACAUUAAAACAGCAUGUGCACAUUGUAAAGCUGUUGAUCCAACAUGGUGCUGAUGUAAAUGUAAAAGAUUUUAAAGGGUUUCUUGCAUUUGAUUUAGCUACUUUAGUUGGUGUCCCUGAGAUUACACGAUUGUUAGUUCCAAAUGUACCUGGUGUUGAACGACCAUCAUUGGAACAAAACAGGGAUGAUAAAAGCAACAAGACUUCAUGGAUGUCAAAGUUUAGUGACAAGUUGGGAAUUAAACAGCGAGCACCACAACCGUUUUCUAGGGUACCUGUUCAACCAAAUGACAUUGUUAGUGGAUCUAUUGUUGGUAAUGAUACAAUGGGCGUUGAAGAAGAUAAUAAUGACAAUAAAGAUGAAUUAAAAAAAACCAGCUCUGUUUUAUCAGUCCUCGAUGCUGCCAUCGCACUAAAGGGUACUGCAAAAGCCAGAUUUACUUUAGUUUCACCUCAAGUAAAGCUUCCUGAUGAUGUUGUUGCACCUGUUGUAGCUCCGUAUUCAAAACUUCCUAGCUUUGAUCUUCCUAAAAUGCCUAUUAUGAAGCUAUCAUACGAUAUGAGUAAUUUAACAGAAGUUAAUACUGUAAGUGACACUCCCUUAUAUAAUGGAUCAACAAAUCGUUCUCUAAAUCGACCUCAAGUUUCAAAUAAUAGUUUAUUGGUUUCACCAUUUUUAAAUUAUAAUUCCGAGUCUCCUCAGUCAUCUUUGACAUCUUCAAACUUUACGUCAGUCAGUCAAAAUAAUGGUCCUUCAAAAAUGACAAACUUUAAAAAGUUACCACCAAUCGGAAUUGAUUACUUACAAAAAGCAAAUUCAAAUCCUUCUUGGAAUAAUCAAAUUUAUGAUCAGUCUCCUUUUACAUUAAACAAAAAUUCAGAUAUUUUUUCUCUCUCAACUAUUAGCAGUUCAAUAAAUGCUGCACACGCUGCAAACGCUGCACACAAAAAAGAUUUUCAUUAUCUUGCUGGUACUCAAUUUAAUGCUGCUCAGCCAGUAUCUGAGUUGGAUAACACCACCAAUGAUAUUAAUAUGUUAUUGAAACAAUUAUCAUUAGAAAAAUAUCGAUCUACUUUUGAAAGAGAAGAGGUUGAUAUGGAAGCACUUAAUGAAAUGGAUGAUGGAGAUUUAAAACUUAUAGGAAUUGAUCAAACAAUCAAUCGUGAUAGAAUUUUACAAGCUGUUCAAAAAAAAAAGAUUAAAUCUCCACAUAACUAUCAGAUGUAUGACUCAAAAGGAACAAUGAAUGGUAUCUAUCAAAUAGGGAGAUAAUGUUAUGUACAUUUGUGAGCUUGUACAAAAAAACUAGACUAUAAGUUGGCAAAUUGAAUUUUAUUAAGAAUAAUCUUCGCUUGCAAUGUUUAUCUAUCUGCAUGAUUAUUUACUAAUCUAUCUGCAUGAUUAUUUAUGGCGAUUUAAAAAAGAAAAUGUUUGUAGUUUCAUAAUAAUCUUUUAAAGAUAUAUGUAAACUUAAAAAGUAAACCUAUAUAUAAUAAACCUAAAUUUUUUUUUU